UUUUUCUCUUUUAAAUGUGGAGGUUGCCCGGAGAGCCGCGGAGAACCCAUCCCUGGGGGUGCCGUGGAUGCGGCCCCGGGCAGCCCGAGCUGGUGCGGGGCAGGCAGCCCGCGGCCGGGCAUGGAGCUCGGGGGUCUUCAAGGUCCCUUCCAACCCCGGGGUUCCGCGGUUCCGUGGGUCCCGGUGCCGGAGCCCCGCUGCCGGCUGCAUGGGCGCGGGGUGGGACGGAGGUCGGGUGUCCUGGAAGGGUCAGAACGCGGCGUUCGGCCCCGUCCCCCCGCCGGCCGCAGCUCGCACCUCCGGUCCGGUCCCACACCGCGUCCACAUCCCUUAAUCGGAGAGAUACGGAUUUGAUUUCAGCUCGAAUAUUAGGAAAAAGAAGCCCCCGCCCCCGGGGUGCUCCAGGAUCGGGGAGAUGUGGAACUGGGGACGCGGUCAGCGGGUGCGGGGUGGGCUGGGGCUGGACGUAGGGAUGCCGGGGUCUCCUCCAACCCCAGCGAUUCUGGGAUUCCGAGCCCCGGGGCGGGCGCUGUGCGGGACGGCCCCUCCUCCCCCCGCGGGGCGGUCCGGGGGCGGGCCGUGUGCGGCCGCACGUCGGAGCGGGGAGGGGGGGUGGAGAGGGGGGGGCAGAGCCCGGUCCGUCCACCCCGGAGCGGAGCGGUGCUGUGCGGUGCGGGGAUGGCGGUGCCGGAGCCCGACGCUCGUUUGGCGCAGGAGAAGGAGGAGGAGAGCGAGGAGGAGAGCGAGAUCCUGGAGGAGAGCCCGUGCGGGAGGUGGCAGAAACGCCGCGAGCAGGUGAAUCAGGGGAACAUGCCGGGCAUCCAGAGCACCUUCCUCGCCAUGGACACGGAGGAAGGCGUGGAGGUGGUGUGGAACGAGCUGCUCUUCACCGACAAGAAGGCCUUCAAAGCGCACGAGGAGAAGAUCAAGACCAUGUUCGAGCAGCUGGUGCUGGUGGACCACCCCAACAUCGUGAAGCUCCAUAAAUACUGGCUGGACGUGAAGGACUCGAAGGCACGGGUCAUUUUCAUCACAGAGUACGUGUCUUCGGGGAGCCUGAAACAGUUCCUGAAGAAAACCAAGAAGAACCACAAGGCCAUGAAUGCCAGGGCCUGGAAGCGUUGGUGCACCCAGAUCCUGUCCGCUCUCAGCUUCCUCCACUCCUGCGAGCCCCCCAUCAUCCACGGCAACCUCACCAGUGACACCAUCUUCAUCCAGCACAACGGGCUCAUCAAGAUCGGCUCCGUGUGGCACAGGGUGUUUGCAAACGCCCUUCCCGAUGACCUGCGGAGCCCCAUCCGGAUCGAGAGGGAGGAGCUGCGCAAUUUGCAUUUCUUUCCCCCGGAGUACGGCCAGAAGGCCGACGGGACCGCCGUGGACAUCUUCUCCUUUGGGAUGUGCGCACUGGAGAUGGCAGUGCUGGAGAUCCAGACCAACGGCGACACGCGGGUCUCGGAGGAGGCCAUCAUGCGGGCACGGCAUUCCCUGGAUGAUCCCAACAUGAGGGAGUUCAUUCUGUCGUGCCUGACCCUCAACCCCGACAAGCGGCCGACGGCCAACAGCCUCCUCUUCCACCGCGUGCUCUUCGAGGUCCAUUCCCUCAAGCUGCUGGCAGCGCACUGCUUCAUCAACAACCAGUAUCUGAUGCCGGAGAAUGUGGUGGAGGAGAAGAUAAAGGAGCUGGACCUGAACAUGGUGAUGGCAGAGAUCCGGCGCGAGGGUCGGCCUGGAGCGCAGUGGAGGUACUCGGAGGUCUCGUUCCUCGAGCUGGACAAAUUCUUGGAAGAUGUCAGGAAUGGGAUUUACCCUCUGAUGAACUUCGCUGUUUCCAGACCCCAUGCCCUCCCACGGGCACUCUCUCAGCCCCCAGAGGACCCUCAGAAAGCCAAGACCCCCACGCCAGAGCCCUUUGACGUGGAGACCAGGAAGGUGGUGCAGAUGCAAUGCAACAUGGAGCUGAAUGAGGACAAGACUCAGUGGCAUCUCACGCUCCUGCUGAUCCUGGAGGACAAGCUGCACCGACAGCUGAGCUACGACUUGCUGCCCACCGAUAACUCCAAGGACCUCGCCACGGAGCUGGUGCACUAUGGGUUCAUCCACGAGGAUGACUGUGAGAAGCUGGCGAACUUCCUGGAAAAUGCCUUCCACAAGCACCGGACUCCUCCCUUCUGGUGAUGGGCGCAGAAGGGAGGAAAGCUCCAGCGCAGCUUCCAAUCUGCCACCACGUUCCGUUCUCUUAUCUCCAGUUCCUGCUGUUCUGUUAAAGGUUUCCCGAGCUCGGAUGAACCACCGUGAUGCCUUUCAGUUAGAAGCGCCCAUCUCGGCGUAAGCCGACAAGGGGACUUUGUGAGCUGGACUCGGCGCGGCAGGAGGAGAGAGGGCAGAAAUCCAAACCCACCAGCUGGAUCCCAACACAGGGAUCAGCAGAAAUGUCACUGGUGCUGAACAGAACCCCUUUUCACCUCCCUCUUCGCCUUUACGGCCUUCAAAAAUCUCAUGGCCUCUGAAGGGGGAAAACCCCCGUGUCUCUUCCUUCCCUGCGUGUCCUGGGGUGUCUGGAACUUCCGUCGCUUGCGUGGAGGAAGGGGCAACGGUAGCUGCUGCGCUGUGUUGUGUUCCAUUGGUAAAAACCGCCACCAGAAAUGAUCUGUGUGGCAAGAGCCGUGCAGUGCGAGCAGCCCCGCCGCUGUGCUGUGCUGUGCUGUGCCACGUCUCCCAUCGCCUGCAUCCUGCUUUGCGGUGCUGCGCCAGCGGCGUGACCCCGGGCUGGGUCUGCCGUGCUAGGACGCGACGCCGAGCUGUCAGUUGUGCUGUUGUGUUCCCAGUUGUGCCGCGCUGUGCCAACCUGACAGAAACUGACAAAUCAAUAAAGCCGUUGCAAGCAGCUCGUCUCCUCCGAGGGGCCGGUCCGCUGA